ACAUAUACCCACACACUCUUAGAGAAAAUAAUUUGUAACAAAACAUUUGACCAAGUAAUUUAGCAUAUGGUGGGGAAUUUGACAACAUAGAAAUGGCAGAAAAAAAUGGGAUGAGAUAUAAGAACCAUCCCCAUCAAUUAAGAAAUAAAUGAUUUGUUUUUUGUGCACCUUGGCAGUACAUUGACCCUGUCCAAAAUAUCAAUGUACAAUAAGAAAGGCACGUGUCGCAGACUCCUCCACAAAGUUCGAUUACAUGUUUAUUUUGCUACAUAUAUCAGAUCCAAAUAUUCUUGUAAAUUGAAGUCAUGAAUUGUUGCAUGUCGGACAGUCGACCUAUCUAUAUUUAUUAUCGGAGUUUGCGCCUCUUUGCAUUGUCUGGCGUGUCGCGGCGGCGGAAGGUACAUGAGGGCGGGGCAAGAGAUCCCAAUUUCCAGUGCGACUGCUUGGUUGGAUGCUGGCAGAUCGAAGAGAUAAACACCAUCGCGGACAUAUUGCCGUGUCACGGCUGCCAGACAGACCAGCAACAGUUGUCACCAUGUCUGAGCCGAGAUGAGACAGGAGCGGCGGAGCGAAUAUUGCGGCGGCGCUGCUGCUGAGACGCAAACUCGUUUAUCACCUGGGACGGUCAGGGGGAGUCUUGUAUGUGUGUCACCGUGCGUGCGUGUGUCAUCCUGGACUAUCUGCGUCACUUAGCGUGUCAGCAGCAUCCUCCCGGUGCUGUCGGGGGUUGUCUGGGAGAGCUGAAUCCAGACGACCGGGCUGGCCAAUGAUCCGCUCAGCGGGGAAACGAGCUGUUGCGUCUGCACCGAGUCACAGCUGACGAGUCUGCGGAGUCGGACACACAAGAGCGCCAGGGACAGACAGACAGACAGACAGAGGGGAGCGAGAGGAGGGGGGCGGACAGCCUGUUACGGCUCCCUCGACCCUUUGCGGAUCGAGCAGAGCCCCCUCCCGCUUUGACCAACAAACCCCCCGCCCCCCGUUUGUUGGAUGGGGGGGAAGCAGAGCACGGCGGGGCGGUCCCGGGGUGCUUUUCCCGGUGUUUCUACGGAUGACAGCGCGGUACCACCAUCGGCCCAUUUCGGCCACUACCGGUCGAGCGGCACCAUGGGCCUACGGAGCCGCUCGGUGAGCUCCGUGGCCGCGAUGGACAUUGAGCAAUCUCCCACUGUGCCCUUCGGCUUUUACACCCCCAGAGGUACGGACUCGGAUCGCGCUGGAGGCGGGUCAGGGGGCACACCUGCAGGGUCUCACGGAACCGUCCACCAGGACGGUGGCGGUGGACGGCAUCACACAGACGGAGUGCUCUAUCUGGGAUCCCGGGGGUCGCUGGCUGACACCUUGCCCCUGCACAUCGCUCCCCGCUGGUUCAGUGCGCACAGCGGAUUCAAGUGUCCUGUGUGCUCCAAAUCUGUGGCAUCCACUGAAAUGGAAGUUCACUUCAUCAUGUGUCUGAGCAAGCCUCGACUCUCAUACAAUGAUGACGUGUUGAUGAAGGAUGCUGGCGAGUGCGUGAUCUGUCUUGAGGAACUGCAGCAAGGAGACACCAUAGCCAGACUGCCGUGCCUGUGUAUCUACCACAAAAGCUGUAUAGACUCAUGGUUUGAGAUUAAUCGGUCCUGCCCAGAACACCCAUUUGACUGACUGACCAUGGGCCCGCUGACAAUAUUGUUCAAGGUGAAGUAACUGCCUCCUUUGAGGG